ACAGCAGCAGCAUGGCAUCGUUAAAGUUUGAUGACAAUAACGUACCCUAUCUCGACCUCGGCGACGGCUAUCGGAUCGCACUGGAAGGUGACGAGUAUACCGAUGCCAAAGCGAAGGAAAAGGCCGCCCGGGAGUUGCGUGAAACGCCAGACGUGGUGGAGAAGUCACUGCAAGAAUUGCGCUCCCUGCUGCAAGAGGAAAAGAAUCUUUACGUUCCGAUGGAUAAUGAUCCGUUCAUGAUAAAGUUUCUGCGACCGUGUAAAUACUACGCACAAAGUGCUUUCGAGUUGAUUAAACGCUACUACCGUUUCCGGAGCAAACAUCCGGACCUGUGCGACGAGCUGUACCCAAGAUCGGUUAGGCAUGUGUACGCGGAAGGAUUGGUCCAUUUUCUUCCGCUGCGUGAUCAGCACGGGUCCCGCAUUUUGGUGCUCGAGUGUGGAAAAAAAUGGAAACCGGCCAACGUGUCCCUAACGGAUCUGUUCCGUGCGGUACAGCUCGCACUGGAGGCGGGCAUGUAUGAGCCGAGAACGCAGCUGAACGGUGCCGUCGUUAUACUGGACAUGGAGGGACUAGCGCUGUCGCAGAUUAUGCAGUUUACGCCAAAGUUUGCGGCGAUGGCACUUGACUGGAUUCAGCAGUGUACGGCGAUGCGCCUAAAGUCGGUACACAUUGUGAACAACUCGUAUCUGUUCAAUAUGCUGUUUGCCAUUUUUAAGCCCUUCCUGACGGAGAAGCUACGCAAGCGACUGUUCUUCCACCAAAAGGAUUGGAACUCGCUGAUGUCACACGUCGAUGCCAAAUGCCUGCGUCCAAAGUAUGGCGGAACCCUGGAAUGUCUGGAAACCGAUGGAAAGCUACUCGGCGAAAUGUUUGAGCUAUAUCACAAAGAAUAUGAACUUGCCAACUCUUUCGGUUACCUACGGAAACAGGAUUAGCGGUCUGCUGGGAAGAGUUUUUGUAUUAUAAGUAAUCUUUU